GGUGGUUCAAGUGUUCCCAGCCCGUUUACAACCCUAUGAACUCAUAAGGGGGCAAAUUGGCAAAUAAAGUCACAAUCAAAAGAUGGAAGGCAAAAUUGGCAAAUAAAGUUUUUAGUUUCUUUUCAUAUAAUUUCUUGAUGUUUAUAUACAUGCUUGGAUGAAUGGCAGCGAGGAAGGAAAUUUUCAUGGCCAUUUUUCUUCUCAUUUUCUUAUUCCUAUUCACUCAUUUGAGGGCUGAAGAGCGAUCAUUCGAUGUAAAGCAACAUCUGUCCACGGUUACCAGAUAUGGUGCAGCAAAAGGUGGUCAUUAUAGUAACUAUGUUCCCGCUCCUGAUGGAUGCAUUCCAAUCCAUUUAAAUCUUGUGGCUAGGCACGGAACUCGUGCUCCAACCAAAAAACGGAUCAAAGAGUUAAACAACUUGGAGAAUCAAUUACAGAUGCUUUUAAGUGCUGCUGCAGGCAAUGGUUUAUCUCUGCAUAAAGUUCCUUCCUGGUUGAAGGGAUGGAAAUCUCCUUGGAGAGAAAAAGUGAAUGGUGGAGAAUUAAUUCCUGAAGGAGAGCAAGAAUUGUAUGAUCUCGGAAUUAGAACAAGAAAAUUGUUUCCUGACUUGUUUAGUGAUGAUUAUCACCCCGACAUAUAUACAAUCAAAGCAACUCAGAUUCCUCGAGCAUCUGCUAGUGCUGUGGCAUUUGGUAUGGGGCUAUUCAGUGGGAGAGGAAACCUUGGACUAGAUCAUCAUCGAGCUUUUUCUGUUGUUAGUGAGAGUCGUGCCAGUGAUACGAUGCUUAGGUUUUUCGAUUGUUGUCAGAGAUAUGAGGAUUAUAGGAAGAAUCAGGAACCUGAAGUUGAGAAGCGUAAAGAACCUGUACUUGAUGAUAUUACUAAGUCACUCACUGAACGUUAUGGUCUAAAUUUUACCCGGCAACACAUUUCAUCUCUUUGGUUUCUCUGUAAGCAGGAGGCAUCCUUGUUGGACAUAACAGAUCAAGCUUGUGGAAUGUUCAGCCAGUCUGAGGUUGCUUUGUUGGAGUGGAUGGAUGAUAUGGAGGUGUUUAUAUUGAAGGGUUAUGGCAAUUCAUUAAACUAUAGAAUGGGAGUUCCUUUGUUGGAAGAUAUCGUUCAAUCCAUGGAGAAAGCUAUCACAGCCAAAGAAGAAAAACGAGUUCCUGGCAGCUAUGAGAAGGCAAGACUUCGUUUUGCUCAUGCUGAAACUGUGCUUCCAUUCACAUGUUUGCUCGGGCUCUUCCUUGAAGGAGGACAUCAUGGAUUUAAACAAAUACAAAGGGAGCAGUCUUUGCAACUUCCUCCACGGCCUCCAGCUACUAGAAUCUGGAAGGGAAGUGCUGUUGCACCUUUUGCUGGGAAUAACAUGCUGGUUCUCUAUAGCUGCCCCGCCAAUAACUUGUCGGACGAGUACCUUGUGCAAGUCUUGCAUAAUGAAGAACCCAUAGCAAUGCCGGGUUGCGAUGGUUUGCAUUUUUGCCCCUUCCAAAUGUUCAAGGACAAAAUUGUGGCCCCUCAUCUUGAGCAUGAUUUCAACACGUUGUGCACUGCGAAUGUGGAAGAACAAACACCAUCGCCUGAAUCGAGUAAGUUAUCACUGUUCCAUUGGCUCUUCUCGCUGUGGAAUAAUGAUAAACAACCUCGAACAGAUGAAUUGUAAUCAAAUGAUGCCUUACUAACUAAUUCAAUCUUUGUUGUUGUUGACAUUGUUUUCUUAAUGUGUAUAUCAUCAACAGGCGCAGAUGCUGAGUCCACGUUUUAUUACAUGUAGGCAGGAAUCACUCGUUUUUCGUGCUAAUUUCAAGUUUUGUUUUAACCUCAUCUGGAGCUUCCAUUUGUUUCACACUCCUCUUUCAUUCAAAGAUUUAGACUCCAAUCAAAUUUUGGCUUUUGCUUGAUGUUUUAUCACAAAAGGCAAGUGCUUCAAUUUUAUCAGUAUGACAGAAAGGAUUGAGAGUUUGUUAAUCCUUUUGCCAUUUUUGUUGUAA